AUGCAUCUCUCCAAGACUAUUUACCUCGCAUGUAUCUUAGCAAUCGGAGCACAGGCUCUAGUCGCAUCCCCUCGUUCAGAGGCUGACGACGCCUGGAGUAUCAGCAGCAAACGCAACGAAACUGACGACGCUUGGAGCAUUAGCAGCAAGCGCAACGAAGCUGAUGAAGCUUGGAGCAUCAGCAGCCGUCUUUGGGCCAUAUUCAGCGUUUCUAGAAUCGGCCAGCCUACCGCCUUAUUGAAUUAG